CGGUAGAUGGAUUCACAGACAGAGCACCGUAACCAUCAUUAUCUUCGUGAUCGCUUCCCAACGCAAUCUUUUCGAUUUUGGGUCAGAGAAUUCGGAAAUUUUGGACUCUGAUUCGGUCUCUCUCUGCGAUUCAUGUCGGCGAAUUCCCUCCGCCGUCUCGCCGUCGUCAUUGCCGCCGCGUCCGGCGGUGCCGUCUACCUGACGCCAUCAAUCGCCUCCAGCGACAGAGGUGGUGGUCGAGGUUCGGUUUUGGAGUCACUGAAGCGUCGGAUUGGUGAUCCGAGCGCUACGGUUCCGUCGCGAUCCGUUCAGGAGUCUGCUUUGAUUGGAGCGAGCUUCUCGAAUCCGCUUGAUAUCCUCAUCAUCGGCGGUGGGGCCACCGGUUGUGGAGUGGCUCUCGACGCUACUACUCGUGGCCUUCGGGUUGGUCUCGUCGAGCGUGAGGACUUCUCCUCGGGGACGUCUUCGCGAUCAACAAAGCUAAUCCAUGGAGGGGUUCGUUAUUUGGAGAAAGCUGUUUUCAAUCUUGAUUAUGGACAGCUGAAGCUAGUAUUCCAUGCACUCGAGGAGCGUAAGCAGGUCAUUGACAAUGCACCACAUCUCUGCCAUGCUCUGCCCUGUAUGACGCCUUGUUUUGACUGGUUUGAGGUAAUCUACUACUGGAUGGGAUUGAAAAUGUAUGACUUGGUAGCAGGAGCACGCUUAUUGCACUUGUCCAGAUAUUAUUCUGCACAAGAGUCUGUUGAGCUCUUCCCCACUCUUGCAAGGAAGGGCAAAGACAAGAAUUUGAAGGGAACUGUUGUCUAUUAUGACGGUCAAAUGAAUGAUUCACGUCUUAAUGUUGGUUUGGCAUGUACUGCUGCAUUAGCUGGUGCUGCAGUACUCAACCAUGCAGAGGUUGUCUCACUUAUUAAGGACGAUGUUACUCAGAGGAUAAUUGGUGCACGAAUUCGUAACAAUCUAUCAGGCCAAGAGUUUGACACCUAUGCCAAAGUAGUCGUGAAUGCGGCUGGACCAUUUUGUGAUGCGGUUAGGAAGAUGGCUGAUAAAGAGGCGAAACCAAUGAUAUGUCCAAGCAGUGGUGUACAUAUUGUCCUGCCUGAUUACUAUUCUCCUGAAGGAAUGGGCUUGAUAGUUCCUAAAACGAAGGACGGUCGCGUUGUCUUCAUGUUACCUUGGUUGGGACGAACAGUGGCAGGCACUACAGACUCUAACACUGAGAUCACUUCGCUUCCAGAACCUCAUGAAGACGAAAUUCAAUUCAUACUCGAUGCAAUAUGUGACUACCUUAACAUCAAGGUUCGACGCGCUGAUGUUCUUUCUGCUUGGAGUGGAAUUCGUCCAUUGGCCGUGGACCCAUCAGCAAAGAGCACAGAGAGUAUCUCCAGAGAUCACGUUGUCACUGAGGAUAGUCCUGGUUUAGUUACAAUCACGGGUGGAAAGUGGACUACAUAUCGAAGCAUGGCAGAAGAUGCAGUCGAUGCAGCAAUCAAAUCUGGAAAACUGAACCCUACCAACGAGUGUAUAACCCAAACGCUACAGCUAGUGGGUGCUUACGGAUGGGAACCAUCAUCUUUCACGGUCCUCGCCCAGCAGUAUUUGCGCAUGAAGAGAACCUACGGAGGUAAAUUCGUCCCGGGGUCAAUGGACACCACCGCUGCCAAACAUCUAUCUCAUGCUUAUGGUACAAUGGCUGGACGCGUUGCAGCGAUAGCUCAGGACGAGGGUCUUGGAAAACGACUGGCACACGGGUACCCAUUCCUUGAAGCAGAGGUCGCCUAUUGCGCAAGGCACGAGUUCUGCGAAUCGGCAGUAGAUUUCAUCGCGAGGAGGUCACGGCUGGCGUUCCUAGACACAGAUGCGGCGGGAAAGGCGUUGCCGAGGGUGAUAGAGGUACUGGCGACCGAACACAAGUGGGACAAGUCGAGGCAGCAACAGGAGAUGCAAAAGGCCAAGGAGUUUCUUGAGACAUUCAAGUCAUCCAAGAACGCUCAGUUCCAUGACGGCAAACACUGAAAUCUACAACCAGAAAAAAAAGGCAAGUCCAUAAUCCAUUUGAACAUUUUCUUCCGCAAUGUUUGCUUCCUUUUAUAGGGUCUGGAUUCUAGAACGCAACGGUGCAUUUCAAUAAUAUGCUUGAUAUAUAUAUGAAUCAAGCUCCGAUUCUUUGACUCAAAUGCUAUGGAAUCAAAAUGAGAAUUUUAGAUUUUCCC